AUGGACCCUCCCUCAUUGCUUCCCGUCAUUCUCAUCCCAGGGCUCUCUUUCCUGACACUGAGAUGGUUUCUUUCUCGUCGUCAACACCAUUCCUUUGUCGGCAUUCCGGGACCUCCUCGACAGUCGUGGAUAACAGGAAACUUGAAACAGCUCUUUAACGCCAAAGGCCUUCCCUUUCACCACUACCUCACAGAACAGUUCGGGGGCAUUGCCAAAGUCUAUGGUUUCUUCGGUGACGAACAACUCUACAUUGUCGAUCCUCGCGCAUUACAAUCUAUCGUUGUGAAAGAUCAAGACUCGUUCGAGGAGACAUCUGUUUUCAUCGAUACCAACAAGGUUAUUUUUGGUCCUGGACUAGUAGCAACAACUGGGGAACAACAUAAAAGACAACGGAAGCUCGUGAAUCCCAUCUUCUCAGCAUCCAAUCUCAAGGCCAUCUCUCCAGUAUUCUUUGAGAUUGCAGAGAAGCUCGCAGAUGUUCUCGAAGCAGAGAUAAAGUCCCAAGAGGAAGACGGAGAGGAUGCACAGAAAGGCAUUCUUGAUAUGUCUGAGUGGGCUUCGAGAGUAGCGUUGGAGAUGGUCGGGCGCUCUGUGUUGGGAUAUUCUUUUGAUCCUCUCGACUCGGCGCACAGCAAUCCUUAUACAUCUGCGAUCAAAGAUAUGAUACCUACACUCUUUAAACUGGCUGUAGUUCGACAAAUGGCACCCUUCCUAAUCAAGCUCGGCCCUCCCUGGUUCCGUCGUAAAUUGGUCGAGUGGACUCCGAACAGCUUAAUCCAAAAGGUCAAGGACAUGUCGGAUGUCAUGCACGUUACAGCACAGCAAAUUCUGGAACAGAAACGCCAGGAGAUAACGAUGCUUGGGCGAGAUGAACAAGGCCACUCGGAUCAAGAAAAACCAAAAGACAUCAUCUCCUUGCUACUUCAAGCGAAUGAAAAGGCAGGGGAAGGAGAGAAAAUGGACGACGAUGAGCUUACCGGACAGAUGACCGUUCUUAUAUUUGGCGCUCAGGAUACCACGGCAUCUUCACUGUCCCGAAUCCUCUACAUGCUAUCCACCAACCAGGAGAUGCAAUCGCAACUCCGCGAUGAAAUUCGAAACGCCUAUCAGGAGGCCUCAAACAGAAAUGCAGACACACCGACUCGUCUGAAGUAUGAUGUGAUUGCUGCACUCCCUUUUCUCGACGCCGUCAUACGAGAGACAUUGCGACUUUACCCACCCGUUCCUUUUGUCCGGCGAACCUGCAUCAGGGACACCGUCGUUCCUUACACCAAGCACGCCGGUUCUCAAUCCGAGUCAUCAAGGACUCAGAUGACGCUACGAAUCCCCCGGGGUACAACUCUGUUUGUAGGAAUAGCGGGAGCCAAUCGGCUCGAGCCGAUCUGGGGUCCAGACGCCAAAGAGUGGAAACCGGAGAGAUGGUUCAAAGAGAAGGCGACAGUUUCGGAUGUGAAGUUGCCUGGAAUCUACUCGGGAACACUUUCUUUCUUCGGAGGGGGAAGAUCCUGUGUAGGACAAAGGUUUGCAAUUAUGGAACUCAAGAUAGUCCUUGUGACUUUACUUUCUAGAAUGAAGUUCAACCCUACAGGGAGUGAGAUUGUUUGGAAUCUAUCCCAGAUUAUAUCGCCCUCUGUUCGGAGACGAAUAACCACUGAGUCAAGGCAAGGCUUUGAAGAGGCCAAGGGGAUGCCCUUAUACGCUACAAUAGACGCUCUUGUCAGCGGCACUUCCCAGUAG